AUGCUAGAGCUAAACUACUACCAUGGAGAAAUAUUCGAAAAGUACAAAAUUAAUAGCGUCCUGUCUGCACUGGUAGACAAGCACAAGCUGCAAAAUGGAAGCAUCGACUUUAACGAACUGAGCAACAGGAAGAACAACUACAGUAUAAUGGCGCUCUUGGGGAGCCAAAUCAAAAAUUUCAACGACGAUGUAUACAAAGACAUCGACACGAAUGAUAUCAUCUUAGCUCUGUCCAAAUUGAAGGAAAUUGACGAACAAAUCACCAUAAACGAAAACCGCAACAAAAACUACAUUUUGGAGAUGGCAGAGCAAAUGUAUUAUGAGUACUCCCAGAAGGGACUCAUCGGCAAUGAAAAUUCGUUCCAUUUAAAUGACAAGGAAAACUUUAUCCGUGUUAACUUGCAACUAAUGCAUGAAAUUAACGCAGGGAUUAGGGGUUACCAAAACAAGAUCCCCUAUUUGCGUUCCUAUUGGGAUGAAAAAUAUCCGAGGGCGGAUGCUUUACUCCCUAUAGGGGAAGCUCCACACCAUAAUAGUGACGCCGAAAAUUACAACAUCUCUGGAUUGAUUGAAAGGGAUGAUUAUUACAACGUUAAGCAAAAUGAACAAGUGGAUGAUAGGGGGAGAAAUCUAUUGGGUAGAAAUACCUACCCGAGUAGGAAGAAUAGCCAAGUGUUUGUAAACAGGACUAGUGAGCACGACCUGGUGGAUGAAUUGGGGCCAAGGGAGGAUGACAGCCAUGUUGGCGUCGUCCGUGGUGGGAGUGGCGCAGAGUAUGGAGCCGAAAAGGGCCUCUGCAAUGUCGGUCGUGAUGGGAAAAGCAAUCUAUAUCAGUAUCGAAAGGAGGGGACGAACAGCACCUACGGCAACAGCGUCGAAAAUGUGAAUGGCCCUAGCGGGGCAAGGAGGCGUGGAAGCCUUAAUUUCCUUGGCGAAGAAGACGGCGACGGUACCCAUAUCGGGGUUGACCGUAUUAGUGGCAUUAAUGAUGACCGUGGUGAGCGCCUAGGCGAACGCAGCGCUAGGAGCACCAGCAAUCAUCGAAGGAGAAGCAGCCUGAGCAACGCGACGCGUUAUCACCACGGGGAACAGGCUCUCCUCAGAGAUCCAGUGAAAGGAGCUUAUUUGAAGAAGGAGACGGUUGUGGCAAGACCAUCUGGAGGUACUGGCCAAGGAAGAAAAACCGCGCAAUACGAACGAGAUGAAGAAGACAAUAGCUUGACCGAAAAUAAUCACAGAAAUAGUGCCCUCAGCAGUGCGCAGGAUUUAGGAAUAGCAAUGGAUAAUGAAUCAACAACACAUAGAAGGAGAAGUUUUUACGAUGCAGAUCAUGCCAAUAGAAUCAACGGAAGCAUAUACGGAAAUAGACAUACCAGGGCCCAUGCAAGUGGAAGCGGCAAGGGGAUAUUUGGAAAAAAUGUCGAUCUUCUACCCAAGGAGGAUUUAAAAUACUACGGAACUGAGUCUAAGCGAAGCAUGAGUAAUGUUAACAGCAUUAUGGGUACAUACCAUGAAGGGGGUAUUUUUCCUAGAGGCAGAGUAACUGUGAAAAACAAUAUUUUCAGCAAAAAGGACCUUAACAAUAAUGGACGGAAUGGGAACAAUGCCCCAAACAGCGUCCUUGAAAAUAUUGAUAAGGCUGAACAAGAAAUCGUUAACAACCAUUUGAAGAAUUCGUUAACGCAGAACGAAUAUGUCGCGCGGAGGAUGAGCUCCAUCCUUCUAAACCCCACGAUGCAGCAGAAAGAAAUCUAUAAUAGCAGAGUAGUUCCAUCGUAUGACCACCAUGGCCAGGAAAGUGUAACAAAAUUUGCUCCAAGAAAUCCAUCGAAUGGUAAUAACUACAGAGGGGACCAUUCUUUGCAGAAAUACAGUACACUCGGUCAGAGAAAGAAUUACACCGCCGAUACGAACAACAAUAAUAGCUUCAUCGUAAGUAGCAGCGUCAACAAGAAUAAUACAUCUGAAGGGGACUCCGUCAUUCACGUGAUUGGAGGAGCGGACCAUGAGAAUAAGCAGUUCCUUGCGAGACCUAGAAAUAGCUUCUUCAUGAGGGAGAGAAACAUGCACUUCAACUCCAUGGACAGAAAUAACAGUUCUAACACGCCGCUAAUGAAUAUGGACAGUGUGAGUAACUUCUCUCGCAACGUACCCAAAUCAAUUGAAUCGAACUUAAACAUGUACACAAAUAAACACUCACGGGCGCUGGACAUAAACGACCUAAACAGCAAUACCAGCCGAAACUAUGUGAACAGUUCGAACAGCUUCAAAAGCGACUUCACAGCGAUGCGUGAGAAUUACGCCAAGAUGCUGGAUCGUUCCAAGUCGCUUACGUCGCAGAUUUAUCGGCCACCCGUUGCGCAAAGGUACAUGUAG